AAAGGUAGGUAACGUAACGUCAAACGUCAAUUGAAAAUGACUUGGAGUUCGUUCUCGUUUCGAUUACGAGCAAUAAAAGCUUUGCAUUUGCAUUAUGUUAAUAGAUCGCCCGUUACCAACGUCUCGUCUGUUACUGUAAAUUGUUUACUCUCGCUAUCACGAAAAUAUUCUAUAAAUCCCGCAGACUUACCCAAAAUAAUGGCGACAGAGAAGACAUUGCCUAAACUUUUCAAGUUUGUAGAUCAGAAUGCUCAAUCAUAUAAAGAUCUUCUGAAAGAAGCAGUGGCGAUACCAUCAGUUUCAUGUGAUCCUAAAUACAGGGAAGACUGUGUCCGUAUGGUUCAUUGGGCACGGGAUAAACUAAAGGAAAUUGGGGCGAAAACAGAGCUUAAGGAUGUUGGUUUUCAGACUAUAGAUGGAAAAGAAAUUAAACUGCCACCUGUGUUAGUUGGCACACUUGGUAAUGAUCGCAAUAAGAAUACAAUCUGUUUGUAUGGCCACUUGGAUGUCCAGCCUGCAUUGAAGUCUGAUGGUUGGGUUUCCGAACCAUUUGAAUUGGUUGAGCGGGAUGGAAAGCUUUUUGGCCGGGGCUCUACGGAUGACAAGGGCCCAGUGCUUGGGUGGCUACAUGCCAUUAAUGCUUUCAAAGGUGUUGGAGAAGAGCUACCAGUGAAUUUAAAAUUUGUGUUUGAAUGUAUGGAGGAGUCUGGUUCAGAGGGUCUGGAUGCACUGCUGCUGGAGAAACUGAAGCCUGCUGGUUUCUUUGAUGAUGUGGACUAUGUGUGUAUUUCUGACAAUUACUGGCUGGGGACAAAAAAACCCUGCAUCACAUAUGGCCUGCGGGGAAUCAGCUACUAUUUCUUAGAAGUAGAAUGUGCCAAAAUGGAUUUACAUAGUGGAGUGUAUGGCGGCACAGUGUAUGAAGCUAUGUCGGAUUUAAUUUAUUUGAUGGACCAGUUAGUGGACAAAGAAGGCAAGAUUCUUAUAACUGAUAUAUACAAAUCUGUUGCGCCAUUGAUGGAGAAUGAAAAGAAACUUUACACCACUAUUGACUUCGAUACUGAAGCAUACAGGCGAUCUAUAGCAGCUCCCAAGUUGGCUCACAAUGGCGACAAAGAACAGAUACUGAUGCAUCGAUGGAGAUACCCAAGCUUGUCGCUACAUGGCAUUGAAGGCGCUGCGUUCCAACCGGGAGCGAAAACUGUAAUUCCAGGAAAAGUGAUUGGAAAAUUUUCAAUUCGUUUGGUGCCAAACCAGGAACCCGAAGAAGUUGAGAAACUAGUGUUUGACUACAUUAAUAAAAAGUGGGCAGAGCGCGGGUCGCCGAACAAGAUGCGCAUCUCGGCGCAGAGCGGGCGCGCGUGGACGGAGAACCCCGACCACCCGCACUACCAGGCGGCCGCCAGGGCCGUCAAGAUGAUCUUCCAAACGGAGCCCGACAUGUCGCGCGAGGGCGGCUCCAUCCCGGUGACCAUCACGCUGCAGCAGGCCAGCGGCCGCAACGUGCUGCUGCUGCCCAUGGGCGCCGGCGACGACAUGGCGCACUCGCAGAACGAGAAGCUCAACGUGCGCAACUACAUCGAGGGGAUAAAACUCUUCGCCGCUUACAUGUUUGAAGUGAGCAAGCUACCAAAGUAAGCUGCCAAGCUGAACUGUUAUUAAUAAUUAAUUAAUGACUGUAAUUAUAUAAUUGCGCAUAAUAGGGAUAGUACACGAAUGCCAAUGGAACAUUCCUAUAAGUACACUUUACUUUUCUAUUUGUAUUAUCUACAUACUUUAACUUUUAGAUAAGGUUGUAUAUGUGCCUUAUUCAUAUUAUACACACAGCAUAAUAAAUAAAUGUUAUAAUAAUGAAAUAGUUCAUUUAGUAUCUUCGGCAUAACAAGUUUUUAUUGUUUUAUAAUGUUUGACAUUUUACACAAUAAAUUGUUUUAAACGAAAUAAU